AUGACGAAGAAGGUCCGUAAGGCGAUCACCGUGAAGGAGAAGCUGCACUGGUUGAAGAUGCAGGACUCUCAGCCCGACCUGGAGAAUCGCGCGUUGGCGAAGCUCGCGAAGGUGCAGCCCUGCCAGAUCCGCGAAUGGAGGAAGAUGAAGGAGCGGCUGGAGGUCGCAUCUAGCUGCCGCCGUCGCCUCAUGGGAUCUGGCCGCAAGGCGAAGUACCCGUUCAUGGAACGGGCGGUCUACCGCCACUUCCUUAACCACCGGGCGAAGGGCCUCGCCCCGGCAGAGGAGGAUGUGGCCGCACAGGAGGAGGCGGAGGCGGCGGCGGCGGCGGAAGAGGAGGAGUGGAACACGCCUGAAGAAGGCGAGGAGGCGGGAGUGUACAACGAGGAUGAUGAGGAGUGGUGGCAUGCCGGCCGCUAUGACGGCGAGGAGUGUGAGGAAUGGGUUGCUGGGGACGAUGAGGACUAG